GCAAGAUCCAUUGUCUUAGUCUCACUCUUAUUCAAGCUUUUCCUGUUUUUGAACGUCCAUGUUGGAGCUCAGAGAACAACAAGAGUUUACUUUCCGAGGUUUUCUUGGAAACCAAUCAAAGAUUCGGAUUGAAGGAGCCGCGAUGAUCAAACCCGACGGACUAUUGAGACUCACUGAUCGGAAGUCAAACGUAACCGGUACGGCUUUCUACCACAAACCGGUGAGAUUGCUGGAGACUAGUAGAAAUUCCACAAACGUCAGAGUUCGUUCCUUUAGCACUUCUUUCGUCUUUGUCAUAAUCCCUUCAAGCUCAAGCAAUAAAGGUUUUGGAUUCACAUUCACACUAUCUCCAACCCCUUAUCGUCUCAAUGCUGGAUCCGCACAGUACUUGGGCGUUUUCAACAAAGAGAACAAUGGGGAUCCUAGGAACCACGUUUUCGCAGUGGAAUUCGAUACGGUGCAAGGAUCCAGAGACGACAACACCGACAGAAUAGGAAACGACAUCGGUCUGAAUUACAACAGUCGUACUUCAGAUCUCCAAGAACCAGUCGUGUAUUACAACAAUGAUGAUCCUAACAAAAAAGAAGAUUUCCAGCUUGAGAGUGGCAAUCCGAUUCAAGCCCUUUUGGAGUAUGAUGGACCAACACAAAUGCUAAACGUCACCGUUUAUCCGGCGAGAUUGGGGUUUAAACCCACAAAGCCUUUGAUCUCUCAACAUGUUCCAAAACUGUUAGAGAUUGUUCAACAAGAAAUGUACGUCGGAUUCACCGCAUCGACGGGGAAAGGUCAGUCGAGUGCUCAUUACGUGAUGGGUUGGAGUUUCUCAAGCGGCGGAGAACGUCCAACUGCAGACGUCCUCGAUCUCUCGGAGCUUCCUCCUCCGCCGCCGAAUAAGGCGAAGAAAGAAGGUUUAAAUUCUCAAGUCAUUGUAAUGAUCGUGUCUUUAUCGGCAGUAAUGCUGGUCAUGCUCGUGUUGCUCUUCUUCUUCGUCAUGUACAAAAAGAGAUUGGGACAAGAAGAGACUCUUGAAGACUGGGAAAUCGAUCAUCCUCGCAGCUUCUUCUUAGUCGAUUGGGUCAUGGAGCUUCACGCGAACGGUGAGAUUCUCAGUGCGAUCGAUCCGAGACUUGGAUCUGGUUAUGACGGCGGAGAAGCAAGGCUUGCUCUCGCCGUGGGUUUGCUCUGUUGCCACCAAAAACCGACGUCCCGGCCGUCGAUGAAAAUGGUGCUCAGGUACCUGAACAGAGACGAGGAUGUUCCUGAGAUUGACGAUGAGUGGGGAUAUGCCAAGUCUUCAAGAAGCGAAUUCGGGUCCAAGCUUGUAGGAUAUGAUUCGUUGAGCUCAAUCGCUUCUUCGUUCGUCAACAGAGUUUCUUCGACUUCUCGUAUCAGUCAGUAGUGGAUGAUGCACAUUCACUUUCUUUUUUGUUAAUUAAUUUUCUUUUUCCAUUGUAAUCAAUAUAAUAUUCUGAUAAUC